AUGAAGCGGCCUCGUUACGACAGCGACGAUGAUGACGAUUACGCAGAAGGGUCGCUUCUCCCAUACGCGUUGGAAAACAAGGGCGACUUUUUAAUGGCUAUGGGUGUAGGUGGACGGGAGUCCAGCGAUGAAAGUCUCAGGAGUGUAGAAGAGGUGAGCGUUGCGCCGGAGAAAUGCAAAGAGAAGGAGCGUCAGGAUGCAGAGCAAAAAGAAGAGCUGAUGGAAUCAUUCUUUUCUCCUUCCAUGGUCGUUGACCGACUGCAACGCCAGGCGCUUCGUGUCGAUCAUGACGUUCCGGAGCAUUGGAAGGGCUUACUUUCCGAGGGUUUGCUUCAAGUGUACUUCACUACGCUGAGCUACGCAGAGAAAAAAAGAAUGGUUGACGAUAAAUUGCUCUCCCAAUACCUCCCCCACGAUGCGAAGCGAUUUCCACCGCUCGGUCGUCCUACUGACCGAAAAUGGGACAAUGCGUUUGGCAUCAAGCCUGGUUGGCGCUGGGACGGUGUUGUUCGUGGUGUUGGAUCGUUGUGA